AUGGAAGUCCUUAAAGAGCUUCAUCUGCCGGCGCGAAAUGGUGAUAAAACGACAGUUCCGAUGGAUCCGGUCAAUGGGUACCUGCUAAGGACAGACGUUGACGAGGGCACGGUGCUCGGUACGGCCGGUCCAGACCCAGCGCACGGUGCCAUCGGUGUGGGCGAUGUGGAAGCAUCGGGACCAUUGCUGUUGCGAAAUACCGGCGCCGCUGAUCGAGCCGUACCAGUUCCGGUGGUGGUGAACUUCGGAGGCCCCGGUAUGGCCACCAAAACUAGCACCCUGGCAGCCGUUGAUCGGCAGGGAAGUCGCGGCAGUGGUAGUGGUGGUGGUGCCGGUGGUGUUAGUGGAAAGAACCCGCGUAGUAUCACACCCGGACGAGGUUUGGUGGGAACAAGGCUUUCGGCCAUCUUCGCACGUCCAACCGUGCUCGGUGGCACGAUGCUCGUGGUGGGCAUCCUUAUAGGCAUCCUGUUGGUCUAUCUUAUCGGCCGCUACCGCCAGCUGGAUGGGAAAGCCUGCGGUGGAGAUCCGUUCGCACCGGGAUGCUCCGUGACGGACGAGUCCCGGCGGGAUAGUAACAUUUGCCUGACGGACGAAUGCGUUAGGACAGCUUCAUCGUUACUGGCCGCCAUGGAUCGGACGGCGGAUCCCUGCAAGGACUUUUUCCAGUUCGCGUGCGGCACAUGGAACAAGAUGCACGUGAUACCGGAGGAUCGAAGCAGUAUCAGUACGUUUGAGGUACUUGCAGAUCAGCAGCAGGCGAUACUGAAGGGCGUCUUGGAGGAACCGGUCAACAAGGAGGACAACAGGGCGACAAAGAAGGCGAAGGCAUUCUACAAGAGCUGUAUGAACCUUGAGCAAAUUCGCAUACUGGAUGUGCAGGCACUGCGAAAAUCUUUAAAAAAGUUGGGCGGUUGGCCGGUGAUAGAGAAGAACUGGACCGUACCAAACACCACCAUCGAGCAUCUGCUCGGUAAGCUGACGGGCGAAUACGACGAACCGGGCCUGGUUGAGCUGUACGUCGGUGCGGACGAUAAGAACUCCUCCAUGAACAUCAUACAGGUUGAUCAGCUGCUGUUGGCGUUACCGUCGCGCGAUUACUAUCUGAAGGAGAGCAGCGAGGGCGACAUGAAGGCGUACCACCGGUACAUGACACAGAUCGCGAUCCUGAUGGGUGCGGACAAGGACAAGGCGGCCGAGGAGCUGCAGCGGAUCGUCGAGUUCGAGGUGCGGCUAGCCAACGCGACGUUACCGGAGGCCGAUCGCCACGAUACCAGUGCCAUUUACACGAAGAUCACACUGCCCGAGCUGCAGCGCCGUGUACCGCAGAUCAACUGGAAGCAGUAUCUACAGACCACACUCGGGACGGUCGAGCUGCACCCGAACGAAUCGAUCGUGAGCUACGCGAUGCCUUAUCUGGUGGAGUUGGGCAAGAUACUGCGCGACACCGAUCGGCGAAUUGUGCACAACUACGCCAUCUGGCGGUUGGUGAUGUCGAUCAUGACGCACAUGAUCGAUGACUACCAGAAGGAGCGCGUCGAGUUCCGGCGCAAGCUGCUCGGCAUCCAGUCGGAGCGUAAUCGCUGGUCACAGUGUGUCGAGUGGACGAACAAGAAGCUUGGCAUGGCCGUCGGGGCACUGUUCAUACGGGACAACUUCAACCAGGAAAGCAAGGAGACGGCCCUCACCAUGAUUCACACGAUACGGGAAGCAUUCAAUGAGCUGCUGGCGGAUAUUGACUGGAUGGACGAUGAGACGCGGGCCGUCGCGAAGGAGAAGGCGGACGCGAUGAACGAACGGAUCGGCUAUCCGGACAUUCUGACCAAUGCGGAUGAGUUGGAGAAGGAGUACGUGAACCUUACGAUAAGCGGAGGAUUGUUUUUGGAAAACAUCUUAAGCAUUCUAAAAUGGGAAGCCGAACGGAAUCUGCAGCUGCUGCGCAAACCGGUUGACAAGAACAAAUGGGCUACGGAACCGGCCGUAGUAAACGCGUUCUACAACCCCAACAAGAAUGAUAUUGUAUUCCCGGCCGGUAUACUGCAGCCACUGUUCUACAGCCAAAACUUCCCGAAAUCGCUCAACUACGGUGGCAUUGGUGUGGUGAUUGGGCACGAAAUAACGCACGGUUUCGACGACAAGGGCCGCCAGUUCGACAAGGACGGUAACAUGAUGCAAUGGUGGAACAAUGCCACCAUAAAGACAUUCCGCGAGCGCGCCCAAUGCAUCAUCGAUCAGUAUUCGCGCUACAAAAUCGACGAGGUAGGCCUGUACAUGGACGGGCGGAUGACGCAGGGCGAAAACAUCGCCGACAACGGAGGGCUCAAGCAGUCGUACCGGGCGUACCGCAAGUGGGUGAGCCAGCACGGGUCGGAACCGGAUCUGCCGGGGUUGAACAUGACCCACGAUCAGCUGUUCUUUCUCAACUACGCCCAGAUCUGGUGCGGUUCGAUGCGGCCCGAAGACGCACUGACCAAGAUCCGGUCGUCGGUCCACUCGCCCGGCAUUAUACGCGUCAUUGGGCCGCUCUCGAAUUCGCGCGACUUUGCCGAAGCGUACCGGUGUCCGCUCGGUUCGCCGAUGAAUCCUGUUAGUAAAUGUAGUGUGUGGUAAGGCAAAAGCUGGUCUUUAGAUGUAGCGUUUUUUUUAAAUCUGUAAUAACAUUAACGAUAAUUAUUAUUGCUAUUCUUAUGAUUGCUGUAACUACUAUGAUUUCGUACAAAGGCACAUAUCAACAGUUGAAUAGUUGAGCUAUGUU